CUGCCGCACCACAUCGCACCUCUGCCCGCAUCUCCCUCGCUCGCGCUCGCGCUCGCAGAAGCAGCGCGGCUGGGCGGCGCCAUGGCCCGCGCAUGCCUCUCCACGGCGCGCACGGCGGCGCUUCGUCCCACGCUCCACACCGACGGCGCCUCCGGGACGCACCUCUUCUGCGCGUCCUUGCUCCCCCGCCCGGCGCGCGCGCCGUCCGGCCACCACCGGCACCGCCUCAUCGCCGAACACGUCGUUGCUCCCGUCGUGCCGGUUGCUCGACGGAGCAGGCGCGCGGUGGCUGCGAUGGCGUCGCAGGAGGAGGCCACGACCACGGCCGUCGAGGAGGAAACCGCGCAAGAGGAAGAGCCGGCAGGAGGUGAGGUCGAGGAGGAGCAGGGCGCGCCCGCGGAGGCGGAGGCGGAGGCGAGCUCGGACGAUGCUGGUGGCGGUGAUGCUGGCGCGGCGGAGACGGAGGCGGCGAGCAGCGCCACCAAGCUCUACUUCGGGAACCUGCCGUACAACUGCGACAGCGCGCUGCUCGCCGGCAUUGUGCAGGAUCACGCCAUCCCGGAGAUGGUCGAGGUGCUGUACGACCGGACGACAGGGAGGAGCAGAGGCUUCGCCUUCGUGACGAUGAGCACCCUCGAGGACUGCGAGCGGGUCAUCAAGAACCUCGACGGCACCAUGUACAGUGGGCGCACGAUGCGGGUGAACAUGGCCGACAAGCCGAAGCCGAAGCUGCCGCUGUACCCGGAGACGGAGCACAAGCUCUUCGUCGGCAACCUGUCCUGGACUGUCACGCCGGACAUGCUCAUCGAGGCGUUCCAGAAGUGCGGCAAUGUGGUCGGUGCGCGGGUGCUCUACGAUGGCGAGACCGGCCGGUCCCGAGGGUACGGCUUCGUGUGCUACUCCACCAAGGAGGAGAUGGACCAGGCCAUCGAGACGCUCAAUGGAACGGAAAUCGAAGGCAGGGAGAUCCGGGUCAACUUGGCCCUUGGAAAGAGAUACUAGAGCUCGAUCGUUUCUUCACAUUGGAGAAACCUUCCAUAAGGUUUAUUCAAUACUUCGUUUACAACAUGACUUACACAGAAGUUGUUGCCAAUAACAGAGCAAUAGAGGACAGGGCCAUUGCUCGCCAGAACACACUCCAAAAGCCCCAACAGGGAAGACAUCACUCUGAAUUGUAGCACCAUUCAUUUUUUCUGUAUCCAGUAAGUGUAUACAUAAUGAUGUGGAAACAGAUAUUUAUAUGGUUCCAUGCUCGAGGAACUGCAUCA